AUGUGCAAUCUGCUUGCUGCUUUCAGACUGUUGGGUGUUUGCUUUUUAAACUGGCGUCUGCAGCUCGGCGGCCCAGCCUGUGGGACCCACAUGGCCCAGGUCCUCGGAGGACCCAUCAGAGCCUUGGCGUCCCCAGGCUUUGGAAGGGCUGCUCGGCCCGGGCUGCCGGCGCGUGCAGUUCCUGCCGGCGCCCCCUCUGCGGUCUGGGCGGCGGGGACUCCGCCCGAAGAGGCGCCCUCGCCGCUUCGGUCGCGGGGUGCGCAAGUUUUCCUCUCCGGAAAUGUCAGGGCUCGUUUCCCUUCGCUUGUUUCCGACUCGAUUAAAGAGGAGGAAGGAGGAGUUUGCUUACACGAAGCCCGAUCGUUGCAGACGGCGCAUCUGGCUUCACUUUUGGAGUUCCGUCCAAACACCAGCUCAGCGGAAACCGCGCGCCCCCGGGCCGGAGGCAUCCGUCCCGGUGGCAGCGCUCGGGCGGCUGCCCGCACCCGGCGAGCAGAGCGGGAUUCUGAAGCGCGCAAACGCAGAAGGGAACAGAGAGCCGAGUCCCGCGGUCCUCCGUCCACCUACCCACGCUCUCCAGCGGCCCCUGGGACCGUUCCCCUGCCUGUCCUCGCCGGAGAACGCCCGAGCAGCCCAGCCCGAGCAGCCCAGCCCGCAGACGCCAGCGCAACCCAGCCCGUCCCGCUGCACUGCGGCCCCACGCUUUGUGCCGGAGCAAACACGUCCGACAAGGGCACCCCGACGCCCUCGCUGCUGCCGGAGUUCUGGACCAGCAACCCCCAGCACGGCGGCGGGGGGCCCCGCGGCGGCUUCCCGGGGGGCGCCGGCGCGGCGGAGCGGGCCAAGUUCUCCUGCCCGCGCGCCCUCAAGGUGCCCUCCUACCUCAACUACCACUUCCUCGGGGAGAAGGACUGCGGCGCGCCGUGCGAGCCCGCCAAGGUGUACGGGCUCAUGUACUUCGGGCCCGAGGAGCUGCGCUUCUCGCGCACCUGGAUCGGCAUCUGGUCGGUGCUGUGCUGCGCCUCCACGCUCUUCACCGUGCUCACCUACCUGGUGGACAUGCGGCGCUUCAGCUACCCCGAGCGGCCCAUCAUCUUCCUGUCCGGCUGCUACACGGCCGUGGCCGUGGCCUACAUCGCCGGCUUCCUGCUGGAGGACCGCGUGGUGUGCAACGACAAGUUCGCCGACGACGGGGCGCGCACGGUGGCGCAGGGCACCAAGAAGGAGGGCUGCACCAUCCUCUUCAUGAUGCUCUACUUCUUCAGCAUGGCCAGCUCCAUCUGGUGGGUGAUCCUGUCGCUCACCUGGUUCCUGGCGGCCGGCAUGAAGUGGGGCCACGAGGCCAUCGAGGCCAACUCGCAGUACUUCCACCUGGCCGCGUGGGCCGUGCCGGCCAUCAAGACCAUCACCAUC